AUGUCCGUUCGCUACCAUAGUAUCCGAGGCACUCGAAGACCGUUGUUAGUCACUGGCUCAAUCAACGCCACGCUCGCUUCGUUGACAUACGAUCCAGACAGAACCGAACACAACCUCAAUAUCACCCUCUUCCAGAAGCAGAACAUGUUCAUGACGAAAGCAUGAAGAUCUAUUUGUAUGAAACACAAACCAAUGGAUCGCGAAAGCUUGUCAUCUCGGGUAAACCGCCGACGUCCGAAUCGAGACGAAACACGUGAAGCGCAGGGUAGUUGGCAGAAUUUAU